AGAAGGAGAAGGAGACACAGACCUCAGCAUCACUUCUUAUAAAGAAAUAUAAACAUGGGAUCAACUCCAUCAACUCCAUCAACUUCACCAACUCCAUCAACUCCACCAAAACCAGAAUGUGUCUCUGUUUUGGCUGAUAAACAAGUGAAAGAAGGACAAGGUGUUACUCUUCAAUGUGAGGCAAACACAGGAGAAGUAACAGCAAAGUGGGAGAAGAAUGGACACAGAUUGGAAUGUGUGGAAGGCAAGCACACAAGAAGUCAAAGUGGUACAGCGUUCAGCUUGACAAUCAAGAACACUGCAAAGGAAGAUGAAGGGAACUACACAAUAAACCUGCAGAAUGACUCUGGUAGUGCCUCAUGCUCUGCCAUGGUCAUUGUGGAACUCAAUGAAUGGAGGACUGCCCAAAGGACACAAGAUCCAAUGAUCAAAACCCUAAAGAACUUCGACAUCAGUAAUAGUGAAGUCAGAGAGCUUCGCUUCCUUCUGCAUGGACCAGUUGGAGCAGGAAAAUCCAGCACCAUCAACACCAUCAAAACCAUUUUUGAUGGACAUCAGUUCAUCAACUGUCUGGCUGCUUCAGAUUUAAGUGGAGAGAGUUUUACAACUAAGUACCAGAGGUUGUCUGUUGGAUCUUCACCAUUCGCCUUCUAUGAUGUGAUGGGUCUAGAAAAAGACCAGAAACAAGACAAAAGAAAACAACCAAAAGGGGUGCACUCUGAUGACAUCAUCAAUGCUUUAAAGGGCCACAUACCAAACGACUAUGAAUUCAUACCUGAACAACCAAUGUCUGAAGACAAUGUAAAUUACAUCAGUGAUCCCACCCUGAAUGAUAAGAUUCACUGCCUAGUGAGCGUUAUCGCUGCAGACAAAGUUACCCUUAUGGAGGAUGACGUCAUCCAGAAAAUGAAGACCAUCAGAGCAGGAGCCAGUAAAUUAGGAAUCCCUCAGUUGGUUUUCAUGACAAGAGUGGACAAGGUGUGCAAGAUGACACAGAAUGAUUUGACCAAGAUCUACCAAAGCAAGAAGAUCAAGGAGAAAAUGGAAGAGUGCAGCAUUAGACUGGGUGUCCCUAUGAACUGCAUCUUCCCUCUGAAGAACUAUCAUGAAGAGACCAACAUGAAUGAGAAGCUGAACUGCCUGAUGCUGGAGGCCUUCACACAGGCUGUGCACUCAGCUCAUGAAUAUGUGAAAAAUGUUUCACACAAAAAGAAAAAUGUGGAAUGAUUCUUCCUCAUAUAAAACUUGUCAAACUGUACACCAGCAAGGUACAGCUAAAAGGGAGGUGUUUCUGAUAAAGUGGCCAGCUCAUGUAUAGGCAGUCUUCAAAUAGUUUUCUUCUAAAUGUCCAUUAUUAAUAGCCUUGAUCAAAAAUAUGCAUUAAAUUAACUAACGCAAGCAAUUUGACACCUCCACUUUUCUUUUUGUAAAUUAGGCAAUGACAAAUAAAAAAAAUCUGAUUAUAAAGGAUAUGAUGUGCAUUUCUUUUAUCUGCCAGAAUCUAUUGAGUGAAUUGAUGUUUGUUUCAUAGCUGUUCUAAUGGUACAAAUUCAUUUUUUUAUCAACUGCAAACAUGUGUAAACUAGUCUUUGCACUUGGACACCCCUAUAAACUUUU